ACUCACUCGGUCAACAUGAAGGUCAUCAUCACCCUGGGUCUUGUGGCGCUCGCUGGGGCUGCCCUCGCACGCCCCCAAUACGGCUACAGCCCCCCAGCCCCUGCCCCGGUCUACCGCCCCGCCCCCGCCUACAGACCCCAGCCAGUGUAUAAUGCCAUCCCGCAAUACGACUUCGACUACGCGGUCAAGGACUACAACGGCAACGACUUCGGCCACCAGGAGUCCCGCGACGGCUACAACACCAAGGGCUCCUACUAUGUGCAGCUUCCCGACGGCCGCCGCCAGCACGUCCGCUACUACGUCAACGGCGACUCCGGCUUCGUGGCAGAGGUCUCCUACGAGGGCGUGGCGCAGUACCCGGCUACCUACGGACACGCCCCGACCUACGGACCCGCCCCAGUCAAAACGUACAGCCCAGUUCCUGCAUACGGUUGAGCUCCAUCCCUUCCCCGUACAAUGACGCCCCGUCCGCCGGCCCAACGUUGCCAGACUAUCGUACUCAGCCGAUUAUAUAUCCCGACUUCCUACCCCUAAACUGUCUUCUGGGCUCCAAUAACGAAACUCAUUUAUAGUCGUCGUUAAAAGGGUUAGAUCCUGAUGUUUCUUGGCAAUACUUAGGCGUCAGAAACAGGUAAAUACUAUGCUCUGAGUACGACAAUCUGGCAACGGUAUCCGCCGCUGGGUUUCGCUUCGAGGCAAACCGCGCGCAAGACUGUCUUUCAGAUCGCUUAAGCUUAUAUUAACCUCUUCGAAUGUAUAUAUUUUUGUACCACCACGAUGCUGGAGAAUGAAUAAAUAUUACCGAGUGAGCGAUGACUCCAAAACGUA